UGUUAUUGCAUGUGACAGUGCAGUUGGGAUUUCCACUUUCUCCAAGCGGGGAAGCCGACAACAGUGAAACCUCCGGAAGUAUCACUUCUGGAAACAAGCUUCACAUUGGCACAUGUGAAAAUGAAAGCCUGCCUGGGAUAUCCGAGGCAAAAAGAUCUUGUUUGAAAACACUCGAGCAGUGGAGAGGAGGCUGAAGUUGGUUCUGUCCCUCGUCAGAACCACACCCGGGUUUAUCCUGUCAUUCUCUCUGUCCGCCUUCUGGACACUCUGCAUUGUGGGGAUGAGCUCCGUACUUUAGCUGGGCAAACUGACACUUACUUGGUUAGAAUAAGUGGCUACGGGCGAUGGCUAUAACUCACGCUGCGGCCGAGUACGUGUUCUCGGAUUUUCUUCUGAAGGAGCCGGGGGGUUGCAGACUCCGGGGAGUGAGACUGGAAUUGGCCGCGGAUAAGAUAGUCACGCUGGUAUCGGCUGGCCUGCCUCUCCUGCUCAUCUCUCUGGCCUUUGCUCAAGAAAUCUCAGUAGGUACCCAAAUUAGUUGCUUCUCCCCAAGUUCUUUCUCUUGGCGACAAGCAGCUUAUGUAGAUGCCUACUGCUGGGCUUCAUUGCAUCGACCUUUACCAAAGCAUGAUGCAGAAAGAAUCCCAUUGUGGCUUCAUAAGGUGUUUCCAUAUGUUCUUCUGCUUGGGGCAAUCCUUAUGUAUAUUCCAGCCUUAUUUUGGCAGUUCACUGCAGCACCUCAGCUUUAUGGUGAAUUGACUUUUAUAAUAGAAGAGCUUGAUAAGGCUUACAAUCGUGGAAUUAGAUUAGCACAGCACAUUGCCAGCACCAGUGGAUUUGAUGUCAAUGGCUGGCCCCAAUCCUUUGGGGAACCGAGUGGUGCCAAGGAGAAGAAGGAGAAUUUUUUCCAGUUCCCAAUCGUGGAGCGUUACUUGAAAUCAAAAGAAGAUUCCUGGAGUAUGUUGACAUUGUAUCUUAUUCGCAAAGGCCUCGCUCUCACUUUUCUUAUACUUGCCUGCAUCUACUUGGGGUAUUACAUCUCUCUGACCUUUCUCACGGAUGAAUUCAGAUGCUCAGUUAAAACUGGUAUUUUGGGGAAUGAAACAAGCAUACCAGAAUUUUUUCAAUGCAAACUCAUUUCUGUUGGAAUUUUUCAACUUCUAAGUAUUGUCAACAUUGUUGUAUAUAUCCUCCUUAUACCAGUUGCAGUGUAUGGCAUGAUUUUUCCUUUCAGAAAAAACUUCACUUUUCUAAAGGUAUAUGAACUUUUACCACAGUUUGAAGUGAUGAACAUUACCAAAAGUUAUUGGAAUGAUUUGAAUCUGUACCUUCUAUUCCUGGAAGAAAAUAUCAGUGAAAUAAAAUCCCAUAAAUGCCUUAAAGUGCUAGAACACAUAAAAGGUAAGGAGUUAUUAGAACCAUCUAUGAUGGAUGCAAUGAUGCCUUUAAUAGCCCUUGGACAAGUCAAGUCAGAUACAGUGGAUGGUUUGGCCAAACACAAGAAAGCUGAUCAAAAAUCUGACCCCAAUAUGGACCAGAAUGCAACACAACUGAAAGUAAUUACUAAAUCGGCUUCUGCAGAAGAUGGGAUCAGAUCCACCGAUGAAGAAAGAGACGAGUCCAUGGCUUUACGACAAAGACUUCUGGAAUCUCAAAUUUGCAGUUCAAACUGUUAAAAUAUGGAAUUAACAAUGUGCAUCAGUUCCUAAAGACAAAUAUGAGAUCUUAAUUUAUAAGAGUAUUAGCCUGUAUAUUUGUGUUGUCAGAACAGUGAACUAUAGACUGCUCAAGUUUCUCUUGAAUCUUAAUUGUUUGUUGCCCGGUAAAGUCCUUUAUCUUUAAAUGUGUACUUUGGUCUUCAAUGUGCAUUUCUCACAUUUUUCUAAGUAAAUAUCAGUAUUUUAGCAAGACUAUUGAGUCAGCUUAAAAUAGAAUGCAGAUUGUCAAAUCUGGUUAAAAUUAAUCAGAUAUUGCUGAGCUUAACUCAAUAGAGUCGAUGUCUAAUUUUUAAAAAGUAUUUAUACUAUGAUUGUAAUAAUGUCAUCUUUAUUAUCUCUUAUUUGGAGAUAUGAUUGUGGAUAUUGUGUUCAUAUUGAGCCUUUGGGUUAAUGGUAGAAUUUUCACCACCAAGUCAAAAGUGUAGCACUGAAGCAUCACUCCAGGUAGCCUAGAUCAACAGAGACUAUAAUAUGGUCAUCACUGUAUUUAUUCGACAAGGUGCUCACAUCUGGAUUCCCCCUGCCACUCUAAAUUAAAACAAGUACGUUGCAUAACAUAAUCUUGGUUGCAUUCUCGGAGAAGAUUCUCUGAUGAUAAGACUCAGGACAGCAGUGAUGGGAAGCCAACCCAACUGUUCCUAAUAAGUGACUCAAGAAUCGCGUGAGAGAAAGUGAGGACUGCAGAUACUGGAGAUCAGAGUCAAAAACUGUGGUACUGGAAAAACACAGCAGGUCAGG